AUGUCUUCUGGAAGUGCUGAAGCAGGCAUAUACUCUGUGGCCUAUGUGACAGUUCCCAGCACAGAUGUGGGCAAGACAAUUGCGAAUGGACUUGUUAAAAAUAAGCUUGCUGCUUGUGUUAAUAUUAUACCCCAAAUCACUUCUAUAUAUGAGUGGAAGGGAGAGAUAAAUGAAGACAGUGAGGCGCUGUUAAUGAUUAAAACACGUACAUCACUUGUGGACAAACUGACAGAAUUUGUUCGUUCCAACCAUCCAUAUGAAGUCUGUGAAGUGAUAUCAUUACCAAUAAAAAAUGGUAACCCACCAUACUUGAAAUGGAUUGGUGAUACUGUUAAUGAGAAUUGA